AGGGUGGCUGAGCUGUGAGUGCGCGCCCGCACGCGGGGCCACGACUGGCUCCGGCUCGAGACCGCUGGGCGCCCGGGGGCGCGCACGUCCCUCCCCGCCCUCCCACCGCCGCCCGCCCUCCUUCGCUCGCGCUCCCCGCCCGCAGCCAGCCGCCCUCCGUCGGUUCUUUCGUUAGUCCGCGGUUGUCUCUGGAGCUACCCGUCCUCGUCUCAGAGCUUGCGACUCACGGACAGGCGUUCUCGGCGCAAAGAGGCCAGACUCGGAGUCGUCGUCUGAGCUUUUCAUCUGGGAAGUUCAAGGUACUUUAUACAACUUUGGUCACAGGCCGUGCAUUUUGCAGCACAUUUGUAAGCUAUGGCUGCCAUCAGGAAGAAAUUGGUGAUUGUUGGUGAUGGAGCAUGUGGCAAGACAUGCUUGCUCAUAGUUUUCAGCAAGGACCAGUUCCCAGAAGUGUAUGUGCCCACAGUGUUUGAGAGCUAUGUGGCAGAUAUUGAAGUGGAUGGAAAGCAGGUAGAGUUGGCUUUGUGGGACACGGCUGGGCAGGAAGAUUAUGAUCGCCUGAGGCCCCUCUCCUACCCAGACACUGAUGUUAUACUGAUGUGUUUCUCCAUUGACAGCCCUGAUAGUUUAGAAAACAUCCCAGAAAAAUGGACUCCAGAAGUCAAGCAUUUCUGCCCCAAUGUACCCAUCAUCCUGGUUGGGAAUAAGAAGGAUCUUCGGAAUGAUGAGCACACAAGGCGGGAGUUAGCCAAGAUGAAGCAGGGGCCAGUAAAACCUGAAGAAGGCAGAGAUAUGGCAAACAGGAUUGGCGCCUUUGGGUACAUGGAGUGUUCAGCAAAGACCAAAGAUGGAGUGAGGGAGGUUUUUGAAAUGGCCACGAGAGCUGCUCUGCAAGCCAGACGUGGGAAGAAAAAAUCUGGGUGCCUUGUGUUGUGAAACCUUGCUGCAAGCACAGCCCUUAUGCGGUUAAUUUUGAAGUGCUGUUUAUUAAUCUUAGUAUAUGAUUACUGGCCUUUUUCAUUUAUCUAUAAUUUACCUAAGAUUACAAAUCAGAAGUCAUCUUGCUACCAGUAUUUAGAAGCCAAACCAUGAUUAAUAAUGAUGUCCAACCUGUCUGACCUGCCAGAGUUCUUCUGACACUGCUCUAACAGCCCUCUCUGCACUCCACCUGACACACCAGGCGCUAAUUCAAAGAAUUUUUUAACUUCUUGCUUCUUUCUAGAAAGAGAAACGGUAACUUUUGUGAAUUAGGCUGUAACUACUUUAUAACUAACAUGUCCUGCCUAUCAUCUGUCAGCUGCAAGGAAAUCUGGUGAGUCAUCACUUUGGAGCUUUACUCCUCAGCCAAUUUCAUUGGCAUAGCUCUGGGGUGGGCAUUUAGUUGUUUGAAAGUGUACUCAGCCAGAAAGGCCCAAGUCCAUGCAGCUGUGGCAGAGUUACAGUUCUGUUACUCUGUUAGUUACCUUAUAGUUACUGUGUAAUUAGUGCCACUUAAUGUAUGUUACCAAAAAUAAAUAUAUCUAUCCCAGA